CGCAUUACAUUUUUCUAAUUACAACAUCUAGGGCCUAGGGAGUCCCUAUUCGGUCUGUAAGAAUAAAUAUGUAGUAAGAAAACGGUAACUUAAAAGAAAACAUCGAAAGUCUACAAUUUAGGCAAUGAAAACUGCCUUUAUUAACUUUACUUUUGUUUACUUUGCGUUAUUACCAGCACCGUAAAGAGUUAUGUCAUUUUCAGGGUGUGUGGGCCGCCUUGUGACCUACCCAGUCCUAGCAGCUGCCUUCCUGACCUUCUUAAUCAUUGGCGGAAUCAUCGGCGGCCUAUACAUCAACACCGGCGUCCAGGAUAUUCAAAAGCCGACACUAGAGGUGGAAACCACUGGUCAUCCUGCUUUGGACACUCCCUACGCGGCUGGUCAGCAUCCUGAGGACACCCCCUACAGCUCUGGUCACUCUGCUAUGGACACUUCCUCCCCCCGUGGUCACCCUGCCCACUGCACAUCUGUGGGGAAGGACUUCACUGGUUUCACCUUCUCCGCACUUAUGUUAAAACUGUACACCAACAGCACUAUGAUAAACUUUAACAUGACCGGAAUCUAAAGUCGGACAAGCUUUAAAUCCUUUGGUAGCAAUAUCAAAAGCUGACAAAGGAGUGUAGCCGGCCUGGGAGUGUUCAUUGGCAACAGAAGGCUACUUAACUCCAUUUCCAGCUUUUGUUGAUACUGUCUUAUGCUACCAAAGGAUCUGCUUGGAGAUUAGCACUGGUUAAAGGAGAAAUCCAUAAGGGUUCAAAAAAAGGAUGCAUACCUAAACGUAACGCAGGGUAUAGGUGCAGGCACAGCUGCAGGAAAGAGGCCCCAACCUCUAACUGUACAUGAAUUAUUUGAGAAAGUUAGCUGCGGAUUAACAGUUAUUAGAAUGUUUAUUUAUCUUUUCAUGUAAUCUUAUGUAGAGAACCAUUGCAAUCGAAAUCGAAAAGAUCUCGAACAGAAAAUGGCACUUUCAGCGUCCAAAUAAUGAUUUCAUAUUUUUUAUGCUAGAUUUUCCUCUAGGAAGAUGUAUUUGAAAAUGAAACAAUUUGUUACAUUUUUAGGAAGAAGAUGAUUAAAAAAAGCUCUAUACUUGUGUGGAUGUAAGUUUAUCCAGGUGUUGUACGUUACAUUGAUGUUCCAACAUUUUUAUCUGAUUUUGGAGUACUCUACCGGUAGAUUUUUUUUAUUACCUAUAAAGGUUUUAUUGCAAAUUCAUGCCCAUGGGGCUCAUUGCAAGUGAACAAAAUCAAAUAUAUGAAGUGAUUGAAAACAGGUAAAUAAUCUAAAUUCUAACAUAAAAAGAUUAACUGAUUGUCACAUGAUGUACAUAUAGAAUAUCGAAUGCGAUUCUAAACCUGCAUAACUGUUGCGGGGUUUGACUUCUUUGAAAACAAGUAAAGAA